AAAAAAAAACCACAAACCCUGCAUAAAGUUUGUAUCUUUAUCAAAUUUUAGUUAAUUAAUCUACAAAAAGGAAAGGAAAUCAAGACGGAAGAAAUGGAUUCUGAAAUUGAUUCAAUGAAAGAAGAAAAAUUGAAGACUCUUUUGGGUCAGCUUGAAGCAGAGCGUGGCAUUUUGGAAAGAAUUGUUUACAAGAACAAAAACCAGCAUAGGAGAUCCUCUUAUUUCCAGCGUCUUCUUAAGGUGAGGAGGGACUUGAGACUGUUGCAAUCUGCUAAUUUGGAGGAAUUACUAAGUUCCUGCUUUCAAGUUAUCACUGGAAAGAGACCUAAACAAAAGGUGCAUUUUUUGGAAAGUUUGAAGAGGAGAAAAUAUGAUGUUGGAAAACCUAAUUUUAUGGAGCGACUUUUGGGAGCAGUACGCUUACUAUCUCAAAUUGUUGAGACAAUGUUGAGGGCAGCAACUGAGGUAUCUACUUUGCUAGCUCGCUCAUUUUUCAUGGGAUUUUCGUUGACUGUUUUAGCUCUGCUUGCACGCCUUCGAGUUUUGGUUCAACAGAUAUUACUUGAUAUUGUCCCAGUGUUCAACACUGUCUCUUCUCUCUCCCAAAAGAAGCACUCUGUAAAAAUAACUCAUGAAGGAAUUGAGGUGUAUAGAGAGUUUUAUCCAAAAAAGGAGGACUAUGUCACCUUACAGUGUGUCUGGAACACUGAUAAAUUUGUAUUGGUUGAGAGGAUGAAUAAAUGUGAGAUUGAAAUGCCAGGAGGGGACAAUGGUGGAGAAGUUUCAGUAGCAAAUAAUGCCGUGCGGUACCAGAGUAUCGACUCUUUUCUUGGAGAUGAUGAACCAACUACUGAGAAGGCUGAUACAGAAAGAUUAACUCACAUGAAAGACUCUAUGACCAACCUGUUGACAGACACCUCGACUGAGGGUGAGGACAGGAGGCAGGUUGAAAAAACUGCUGAAAAAGUAGAUACCACUGUUAUUACAGAAUGCCCUAGCAAAAUCCCAUCUCAAGAUCGCUUGCUUGCAGACACUGGCACUUCUGCAAGCUUCGGUAGUUUAAAAGUUAUGCCCGGUAAUAGGAAAGUGGCAUUUGUGUCUGUAAAAAGACCAGUAUCUUCAACUGCAAAUCCCAUUGGUCAUCCUUCAAAGGCUGCAGCAUCAACAAUGAAUCGAACUGGUCUUCCUUCAAAAGAAACUGGAAAGAGUGAAGGUGACAAGACAGAUGCAUUUUGUAGUUUGCUCCCUUGUGGAAACUACAAAGAUGGUCUCUUUGGAUGAUUUGAUCAAUUCAACAAGCCAUUCUUUCGAUUUGUUUCAUGUCUAGUAUCAGAUGUGGCCAAAAGAAUAGAAGAGUCAAGGAAAUGAUAUCCCAAACCCCACCUCACUAGGAAUAGCUGAAGUCUCUCUUGUUAUCACAAUUUUGGUCUUCGAAGAGGAUAUUUCAAUUGUACAUAUAACAUUGAAGUUUUGCUAAUGAGAAAAUCUACUUAUUUUCA